AUGUGGAAUGUUCAUUCAAGAUUUUUAGCACGAACAGUUUGGGUUCGUAAUGGUGAAGUAGAUUUAGCUUAUCGAUCUUUAAAUCGAGUUUUAAAUAAUGAAGAAGUAUUUAAAACAGCUCGUUUGUGGGAGCGAUACGAAAAACCAUUUCGUAAACGUGGUCGACUUUGUUAUGAAAAAGCACAUGAAAUUUAUAAUAACGAAAUGGAACGAAAAAUUAAAUUUCUAAUGCGUAAAAAUCGAGUUAAUCCAUGGCCAUGGAAUUAA